AUGGUUUCCAAUUCAAACGUAUGGCAACCUUUUUACAAUCUUUAUAAUACAGAUACGAAGACGAAUGAUUUUGAUCAUGAUUGUUUCUAUUCACCAAUAACUGAGACAAACCAUAUAGAUGACAUGGAAUAUAUGCUCGAGCAAAUUGUUGAAUAUUGUAUUCGAUCAUCUUUGAAGGAAAUAAUCGAUAUUAAUGAAAAAUCAAUAUCAUCUAAAUUAACUUUUGAUAAAUUAAAAAAGAAUAAUAUAACAUCUAAAGAUCUAAUGCAAUGGUCAAGUCCUAUUGAUCUUGUCGAACGUUAUGAAUACUUUCUGCAAAUGAACACAACUUCAUCAGUUGAAAUAUUUUAUAAUUGUACUCCACCAUGGUUUGGAUCAUUUUGUCAAUAUAAAUUUGUUUCAAAUCAGUCAUUUUUAUCUUUUAUUCAAAUGAGAAAUGACGAGCGUGAAUUGUUCGAUAAAAAAACAACAGUAACCUGCUAUAUGCAUAUGCAAUGUAGCAAUCAUUCAUUUCUAACGUGUCUCGAUUGGCGUGAAAUAUGUGAUGGAAAAGUGAACUGUCUUGAUAAUGGUGAAGAUGAAAAAUAUUGUGCUGAACUUGAAAUGAAUCAAUGUGAAGAAAACGAAUAUCAAUGUCGAAAUGGUAUGUGUGUGAACAUAGACUUCGUGACAGAUGAAAAGCGUCUUGUGUGGGGUGACACUCUUAGUCCAGAGUGUUUGGAUGGAUCGGAUGAAAGUUAUGAAAGAAUCCUCACUUUAUGUGGAAGAGACUUAUCUUUUGUAUGUGAAGAUGUUCUUUGUCCACAAGACAUCGAUUUUAAUUGUGGAAAUGGAAAUUGUUAUGAUGUAAGUGAACGUCCAGGAUUUGAUCACUGCACAAACCAUCGAGAUAAAGCAAUUAAUUACGUGUUUGACUGGAACAAUCCUAUGGAUACACGAUAUCCUCUUUGUUUCAAAACUCUUAUGUGUGGGUUAUUUAUAUUUUUCUGGGGCGACAACUUCAAUAAAUAUUGUAAAAACUUCUGCAAUAACCAAGAAGAAUGUCAAAUACAAACUGUUAAAAAUUGUCCAUCUGUAUUCAUUGCACCUACCUUUCCAGUGUGGGAUGGUCAUGUGAGAUUCGGCUAUUUUUCUAAUGCAACAUCUAUCAUAAUGUUGGGGUAUGAACCUGACUUUGUAUGUUACAACAAAGAUCUUUGCCCAUUUCUCAGUCCAACAUUCACAUUCGAUAAUUAUACAUGUUUACAUACUGACCAAUUGAAUUUAACAUUAAUGAACAACAUAUAUAAAAAAUUUAGGGGAUGUAUUCAACUCUUUCAAAAUACUAAUGAUAAUGAGAAUACCUGCCAAAAUUCAACUACAGUACGUUGUUUAGGAACAAAUAAAUGUAUAUCUAAGCGUCGAAUUAUGGAUGGAUUUCCAGAUUGUUACGAUGCUUUUGAUGAGUCAAUUGCAGCUAACUCCUGUGCAUUGAAUGAUAAACAUCGUUUUCCAUGUCCAGAUGAACAGAAAUGUCUCUCACCUGCACUUGUGAAUGAUGGAGAGAAGCACUGUAUUGAUGGAAAAGAUGAGCCUAUCGUUGAUGAUAUGGUAGAUACGAUUCAUGACCUCUCUUUCUCUUCUUUUUGUAAUAACUGGGUUGAGAUAGUUUCUACAGAAAAUGAAACUGAUGAAACUUAUUGUGAACGAUGGCCUUGUAUAAAUCCAUAUACACAUUGUGAUGGUGUAUGGAGUUGUCCAAAAGGAAUUGAUGAAAUUAAUUGUUCAUCAAAUUUUCAAUGUCCUGCAAAUCAUCAUCCAUGUUUGUCUCCAAAAAGCCGCAAGAUGGAUUGUUUACAUAUAAAUCGCAUUGAAGAUGGAACUAUUGAUUGUCUUGGAUCAACAGAUGAACGAUCCCAUUGUAGAUUACAACAACCAGAUUUUUUUAUGCGUUAUCGCUGUUGGAAUGAUACAAAAUGUACUUCAAUUACGCGUGCCUGUCGAGUUUGCGAUAAGUCCAACGAAUUUGAUCUAGCAUGUAAUUCGAAUGAUGAAAAAUUUCGAGAUAUAGAAGAAUUUGUAGAUAAUAUAGACAAUGUUCAUGUGACUAGAAAACAACCAUUCUCUCUUAAAUCAUCACUUAGUUUUCCGCCAAUCCAAUUGCCAUUGCCAAUUCAUAAGCAGAUACAAAAUGAUAUGAUAAAAACUGAGAAAAUGUCUACAGUUAAGCAUAACAAUAAUCCAAGAUUAUGGUUAUGCAAUAAAGGAUUUGUAAUUCUUGUCGGUAAAAAUGAAACAGAACAAUGUAUUUGUCCAGAAACUUAUUAUGGUGAUCUUUGUCAAUAUCAAAAUCAGCGUGUUAGUCUCACUAUUCGAUUACGUCAAGAAAAUUUAAAAAAUAUAAAUGUAAUUGGUAUUAUUAUUAGGCUUGUUGAUCAUACUGGUUAUGUUCAUUCGUAUGAACAAAUUACAUACAAAUCCGUAAUUAGUUGUAAUUGGAAAUAUAAUAUGCGUCUUCUUUAUCAAAAUCGUCCGAAAGAUAUGAUGAAGAAUUAUACAAUCUAUAUUGAUGCAUAUGAUAAAGUAAAACUUGAUUAUCAUACAAGUUGGAUAUUUCCAGUCCAAUUUCUUUUUAUGCCUGUUAAUCGUAUGAGUGUUCAAUUGAUAAUCCCAGUACAGCAAGAUUGUCACUUAUUAUGUAGUGAUAAAUAUCUAAAAUCAUUAACAAAUGAUAAUAUGCAAUCUUGCCGAUGCUUAAACUGGGUAAAUUCAUUUUCUACGAUACAACACAAGUGUGAUUGUUCAUCAGAUUCGAUGUGUAUUGGUUUUAAAGGAAAUCGAUCAAUUUGUCUAUGCUCUUUAAACAAAACAGGACCUCGGUGUUAUCUUAAUUCAAUUUGCCAAAUGAAUAACACAUGUAUAAACAACGGUAUUUGUGUACCACAUGAUUAUCGACAAUCUUCAACUAACUUUACAUGUGUUUGUCCAGAUGGAUUCUCUGGCGAAUUUUGUGAAACGACAGAUGUAAGAAUAGAUAUCUCAUUUUCUAACGGAGAAACUCCACAGUCUCUAUUUGUUCACUUCAUUGACGUUCUACUACGUGAUGUGCGAAGUAAAACCUUAGAACCUGUUCGAGCAACUAUGUUCAAGAAAAUUCUAUUCAAUCAAAAAACAAUAUCUUUCAAUGUGCCAUUAUUCUUUCAUCUUGCUUUCGUUGAAUUUGAUCAUAUGUAUUAUUUUAUUAUUCUUCAACAUAAUUAUACAUCUUCAGUUACUUUUUCUACACAAAUCUCUCCAUCACAACGUUGUCCACACAUUCACGAAGUAUUAGAUGAAGUUAUAAUUGGAUAUUCACAUCUUCGUCGUGUAAAAUACUAUCACGAUAUAUGUCAAAAUCAUCCUGAUCUUACUUGUUUUUAUGAUAAUUAUACAUUUAUGUGUUUAUGUACAGAACAAAGACAUGCAAAUUGUUUUCAUUUUGAUUUUAAUAUGACUUACAAUUGCAAAGGCAAAAAUGACUGCCAAAAUGAUGGACAAUGUUUUCAAGAUCAUCCACAUUGUCCAAAACAAAAAAUGUGUGUUUGUCAAGAAUGUUUUUAUGGUGAUAAAUGUCAACGCACUACAAAACAUUCUGGUCUUUCACUUGAUUCUAUUUUAGGUUAUCAUAUUAACCCACAUCUAUCAUUAACUCAACAGUCUUUACCUGUUCAAAUUAGUAUAACUUUCGGUACACUGAUAAUUAUUAUUGGUCUUAUUAGUGGAAUUUUAUCAAAUCUUACAUUUCAAGUAAAAGUAACUCGAAAAACAGGUUGUGGAUUUUAUCUUCUUACUUCAUCAAUUACAUCGAUUCUAGUCGUCAUUUGUUUCUAUAUCAAAUUAUGGAUACUUAUUCUUUCUCAAAUGAACGCUAUAACUCACCAAUCUUUUCUUCUGUUUCAUUGUACUUCAAUCGAAUUUAUUCUUCGAUUUUUAUUAGCUACAACUGAUUGGUUACAUGCUUUUGUGACAAUUGAACGAUUUUUCGUUGUUUUUCUUGGUGUUCAUUUUGACAAGGCAAAGAGUCGACGAUUAGCUAAACUAAUUAUAUGUCUCAUUUUUGUAUUGGCUGCUGCAUCUCUUAUUCAUGAUCCAGUUCAUCGUCAUCUAAUUUAUGAUACUGAAGAACAAAGAACAUGGUGUUUGGUUGAAUUUACAUCUCAAGUGGAAACUUAUAACAGCUUUAUUAAUAUAUUUCAUUUUAUUAUUCCUUUUACAGUAAAUGUUAUAUUAGUCAUUGGUAUUAUGAUUAUUACUGCAAGACAACGUUCAUCCGCACAAAGAAACGUUACCUUUCUACAACAACUAAAACGUCAAUUUGAUCAGCAUAAACAUCUUAUGUUUAGUUCAAUUGCAUUGAUUAUCUUGGCAUUACCUCGUCUGGUCACUUCUUUCCUAUCUAAUUGUAUGAAAACACCAAAAGAAUAUAAAUUAUUCUUGGCCAGUUAUUUCAUUUCGUUUAUUCCACCUCUACUUCAUUUCUUUAUUUUUGUAUUAACAUCGAAAAUAUACAAAAAAGAAUUUACUACAAUAUUCAAACAAAAAUGGGAAAUAUUUCAACGUUGUUUUUUUCCAAAUCGUGCAUUAAGCACAAGAAAUUGA